CCACCGAAGGGGAGGGAGCCGUCCCUGCCGAGGCGCCUUCCGUCUCCCCAGGAGCAUGGGCUGGGCUGCCGAGCCAGACGCAGCGGGCCAGCAGUGUCCGACGCGCGCGGAGCCCGCUCUCCCUGCGCGACAGUGGCGGAGCGCGGGCUCGUCGAACUAAAGCCGUCGAGGGGCUGCCUCGAGCUAGGCGCGCCGAGCUUUGCUCCCGUCGCCGUCUUAGCCGCGAUGGCUCCUCCUUGGCCGCCCAACGGGACGUGGCUGGGGGCAGCGAGCGCGGCGCCGUCGGGCAACUGCAGCAACGGCUCCGGGGCGGCGGGCAGCCUCGGCCGGCAGGGGGCGUUGGGCGCCGCUCUCAGCCUGGCCGUGCUAGUGACGGUGGCGGGCAACCUGCUCGUGGUGGUGGCCAUCGCCAAGACGCCGCGCCUGCAGACCAUGACCAACGUAUUCAUCACGUCGCUGGCGUGCGCCGACCUCAUCAUGGGCUUGCUAGUGGUGCCCCCGGGGGCCACGCUGGUGCUGAGCGGCCGCUGGCCCUUCGGCACCACGGGCUGCGAGCUGUGGACCUCGCUGGACGUGCUGUGCGUGACGGCCAGCAUAGAGACCCUGUGCGCCAUCGCUGUGGACCGCUACCUGGCCGUGACGGCGCCGCUGCAGUACGAGGCGCUGGUGACUAAGGGCCGCGCGCGCGGCGUCGUGUGCCUCGUGUGGGCCGUAGCCGCCUUCAUCUCCUUCCUGCCCAUCAUGAACCACUGGUGGCGCGACGGCGCGGACGAGGAGGCGCUGCGCUGCUACGAGGACCCUCAGUGCUGCGACUUCGUCACCAACAUGCCCUACGCCAUCCUGUCGUCCAUCAUCUCGUUCUACGUGCCGCUGCUGGUCAUGCUCUUCGUCUACGCGAGGGUCUUCGCCGUGGCCACCCGGCAGCUGCACGCCAUCGAGAAGGACAAGGGCAGGUUCCUCCAAGACGCCGCCAAGGGCUCCCGUCGCAGGAGACCCUCCCGGCUCCUGCUGGCCAUCAAGGAGCACAAGGCGCUCAAGACCUUGGGCCUCAUCAUGGGCAUCUUCACCCUCUGCUGGCUGCCGUUCUUCGUGGCCAACAUCCUCAAGGUCUUCGCCAGGACGCUCAUCCCCGACCAGCUGUUCCGCUUCUUCAACUGGCUGGGCUACGCCAACUCGGCCUUCAACCCCAUCAUCUACUGCCGCAGCCCCGACUUCAGGUGCGCCUUCCAGAAGCUCCUGUGCCGCCCCAGGAGCGCCGAUCGCCGCCUCCACGCUGUCUCCAAGGACCUGCGCCGCUGCCCCUGCGCCUUCAGCCCCCGGGCCCCGUCCGAGAAGGAGGGCGAGCCGAUCGCCAAGGGAGCCAGAGAGGACGACGACGAGGAGGACGAAGACGUGGGCUCCAGCAGCGCCAGCAGCCGCUCCAGCAGCAGGACUGGCGAAACGAAGCUAUUGUACCUCGCCAGCAAUGGGCACGGUUGCGCACAGCGCCCCCUGCGGGAAGCCCAACUUCAAGGCACGCAGAUCACUUUGUGCCCGCAGCUGGAAGAAAGAUUUCCCACCAAAGAAGUGACAGAUUGUCCUAGAAUGUGAGAGAAGAAAGAAGCCAAAGAGAAUGCAGACAGCAACACAAGCUUGGCUGGGAGGGGUCCGGCUCUCCGGAUUGCCAAAUAAUUAUAACUGACUACAUCAGUGUUCAGAAAAGAAGGAGAAGGGAGGGAAAACUCCCCUUUAAAAUUACCAGUUUGUUCCUUUUGUGUUCAAUUUGGGGAAUGGCUAUCAUGUGUUCCCCAGAGACAGUGAAGUUGCCGUCAUCCAAUAGGCAAACUCCAGAGGUGGGUAUUUUGGUUGAGAAAGGACAGGAGUAGUUACUCUGGAUCCCAGAAUCAUCAGCCAUAAUUUAACUUGCUAGUUAAAUUACAAAUCCUAGAAGCAAUUCUGUCCCUUUAAUACUGUUUCUCCACCCAAGAUGCUCACUGCUGGUUUAACAUGGAACUUACACUGAGGGAAUACAAGUCCUCCAUCCAUAGUCCGGCUAUAAGCCGCUUCUAUGGGCGCCUACUUGACAUGCAUAGAUGUCUAUCUUUUUGAUGCUGACUCAGGUAUUUUGAAAUGCACACACCAUAAUUCCCCUUCCCUCCAGCAGCCAGCCAUUGUGAAGAAGGGACAACAACACUUUAAGCAAGUCAUGAUGGCUGGGUGAACCCUUAAUGCAGUUUCAUACUUACAACAGAGGCAGCGAAGGUGUAUGCCUCCUGACAUUGAUGUAGUCCAACUUCCAGCAGCCAUAGCAAGCACGGCCAAUGGUCAGGGAUGUUAGGAGUAUUUGGAGGGCUCCAGGUUCUCUGCCGCUAAUCUACCAAUAGGCAAACGUAGCAAAGGAGGGGGUAGGGAUAUGGAUUUUGUCAUGAUUGGUUUUGAUAGUGAUGGUCAAGGAUCAAACAAGGGUGAAUGUGGAAUCAUGCUUCAAGACAGCCAUCUCCAACCCAGCACUCUCUAGAUAUUUUGGACUACAAGUCCCAUCAACCCCAGCCAGUGGACAGAAAGGAUGGGAUCUGUAAAAUAAAAUAUAUGGAGGGCACUGUUUUAGGCACUGUUGUUCUUUGGUGAUGGCAGAGAAUUAACAGGGAUGAGCUGUCUUAUCACCACAUUUCAGGGUUUCCAGCAUUUCAGCUGGUUGUUUGAUUUGCAGGUGCUAAUGUUUAUGGCAGUAUGCCGUCAAAAGCUUCCCCUGCUGAUUUUUAGGGGCUGAAACCUGUAAAGCAGGUGUAGGGAACCAGUGGUGAACUGUAACUCCCAUCAGUCCUAGCCAUUGCCCAUGCUUGCUGGGGCUGAUGGGAAUUGCAGUUCAGCAACAUCGAGGCUGUUUCCCACCUGCCUGGCUAGGCAGCAACCCUGCUAUAUCUCAAUGGUAGAACACAUGCUUUACCCACAGAGUGUCCCAAGGUUCUCCAGUUAAGCCAUCAGGUGGCAGCUGGCAGCUGACCAAUGCCAGAGACCCUGGAGAGGGACUGCUGGCCAGAGUAGACACAGCACUGGGCUAGAUGGAUCAAUAGCCUUUGCUGAGAGAAGGCAGCUUAUUAGGUUCAUAGUCAUUUCCAGAAACAUUGCAUCUGUUGGAUUUCUCUCUCAUGCAGUUUCGAAAUCCCAGGGUGGGACUGAUGAAUGACAGUCUAGCUGCUGUGAAUUUUUGUGCCCUAUAAUGCUGAUCAAUCCAUCUAUUUGUCUGGUCCAACUUCGACACUUUCACCAUAUAGCUGUGACUUCCAAGGGGUCAGAUGCAAUUCAUCCAAGACUCUUCCAAUCCAACAGAUUUGCCUUCAAGAAUCUAUCCCAUAAGGACUUAUUCUCUCUCUCUCUCUCUCUCUCUCUCUCUCUCUCUCUCUCUCUCUCUCUCUCUCUCUCUGCCAGUUUCAGAGGAGAACAAGGAUCCUCUUAGCAGAGCUUUGUCAAAGUCCCUUUUAGCUGUUUAGAUGAGCAGGAAAUCUUGGCACACAUAGCUUGCCAGUCAGGAGCAUGUGAAGCUGCUUCUGUUGACAUUUCCUGAUCUACACAACUGUUAAGAGUCCCAUGAGUUCUGAUGUCUCAAAGCAGUUGGCGGCAUUUUAGAAUGCGCUACAGAAGCUGCAGCAGCUAUCAGUCAGUAUAAAUAAGGGACCAACAGGGCCGGCCCACCCAAGAGGCAGACUGAUGUGGCUGCCAUGGGUGCUGGAAUGCCAUGGGGCAGUGCCUGCAUGGGCAACCCUACCCAUCCCUGGAGAAGCAAGGAGAAUUGGUGGCAGCGUCUGGCAGGAUUUUGCCAGGAGCCACUGCAGCUGGGCAACCCCAGUAUGUGAGAUGACAGUGGCAAGGCAUCUUCCCCCUUUGCCUCAGGCAGUGAGACAAGAUAGGCAGCCCUGGGGACGAAGAUGGACCAGUUGCUAGAAAAUGCAAGAAGGGAGAGUGUUCUUGUGCUGAGGGCCUGCUUGUAGGUUUCCCACAGGCAUCUGGUUGGCCACUGUGAGAACAGGAUGCUGGACUUUGGGCCAUUGGCCUGAUCCAGCAGAUUCUUCUCAUGUUACGUCUGAAACAAUCUAUAGACUCUGAUGCUUUGCACUAGUUCAGAAGUCACCAAUUCAAAUUAGAACUACAGACUCAAAAUGCUUUUCUCCCCUAAAGUACAUAUACAAAUUCCAUAAUUCAUCUGAAAAUGUAAAAUGCCUGUGAAAUAGGAUUAGUCCAGAUUGUAAUUAUUUUAUCAUUGGCAUUUAUUUCAUAUGAGUUUUGACAAAUCUGAAACGUAGUGUGGAUUCAGUUGAAAGGUGCAGAGAUUGCAGUGAACGUCUUCCUUGGGAAUUCAUUUCCAGUUCUAUUUAUUAAAAUGAAUAAAAAGCCUACAGCCUAAUUUAAAUGGAGUUGGAAUGGAUCCUGUUUGAAAUGUAUGCCAAUUUGCAUUUCAAAUGCUUGCAAUUUAAAUAUCCAUCCAAGUCCAUGAAUAUUUAUUUUUGAUCCAUGAAGAUAAUCAACUUUUUUUUACUGUCAGUCCUUCCUGGGCCAGAGAACAGCUCUGUAAAAUCCCCAAAAGCAACCACAGAGGGAAUGCCUCUUGUAUUGAAUUAUCUACCUCAGAAGCCAGAGCUUUGGAGUUCUGCCAAAGUAUUAGCUUCACAUGCACUCUUCCUCCCUCCUUUUGGUUUUCAUAUUUUAUAAUAUAUUGGGGGGGGGGAAUUCAUUAAAGCACUCUGUUAAACUAUGAUGCUAUUUCUCUAGGUGGUGUCAAGGGUCAGCAUGGUCAGGCCCACUGACAAACCUCCUGAACUGCUUCUCCUCUUCACCAUUGCUUGUUCACCUGCCUCUCCUUCUGGCCCAAACAAUGCUGGACAAUAAGUGAUGGAAAUAAGGGUAGGCAUCUUCAGAUGCUGCUGGACUCCAGCUCCCAUCCUCCCUGACCAUUGACCAUACUGGCUGGGGCCUGAUGGGUACUUGGAGUCCAAUAGGGUCAGGUUCUUUCCAUUCUUGUUGUGGAGUACACAGACAUGCCAUGGAAAGUCCUAUCUUGGGCGGGGGUACCUUUGCAUACAGGUCCUCAGUGCUUACUACAUACAGCUGCAAUAGAAAAAAAAGGACUCCCUGCACUUGUCCUGCUUAGGUAGCAAGGAGAAUUUUGGCAACUCCAGCUUAAUUCUCACUCCUGCAGUUCUGUGGCACUAGAAUGAGGGCUUGCUGAAAUUCCCUGGUCCUCACCAACUAAUAAGAACCGAAGGAGCGAUGGUGGCUGGUGCCUGUUGGAGUGGAAGGCAGGGAGAUCAACAUUAGGUGGCGCCAUAGCCAAUGACAGGCACAGCUUUCGUCCCCGGCCUCCUCCCUGCUGCCUUCUACUGGGGCGGAAAUGGCCAGCCAGUGACACCCACCAAAUUGGUUGUACUGUAUGUAAGAACACAGGUGGGUGGGAGCUGGCUGAGGGCAGUCUCAGACUGAUGGUGCAUUUGCCUUAAUGGGCAAGCCGCUGAAGGAGGAGGAAGAGGAAAUGUCCUCUGCUGUGCCUGGCCGUCUUAUACCAACAGCAUUUUGGAUGGUGAAUAUAAAUGUGUUUUAGUUACUGUACUUCUGCCCCACCUACCCUCCCCUUACCAGCAAAAUGCCCAUCAAAGAACUCUUUAACUAUCAAUGUAUGUAAAUUUUGUAAAAAAUAAAAAAUAAAAAUGUGAAAACAUUGCGAGUGUUGAGAAGUCUUAUUUACAAUCAGAAGCAGUCAUGCUCACAUUUCAGAUCCUGGCUUUGAGGUUCAUUGGCACUUUUGAUAAGUCUUUUAUAAGGGGCCCUUGGGAUUAGAGCAGCGGUGGAAAGGAUGUGUGGGUCUCUCGGGUUUUGGGUGAAAUCUUGACCCCACAGAUUAGGGCUCUGUGGGGUCAUUUUGUGGGGUGCUGUGAAACGUGGAGUUUUCACCACUAAACAUUGCGGGGGGGGGCGACGCUUGUCCUUGUGUUCGGCACCACUUUGGAGUGAAUCGGACAAUGCUGUUUUAUCAGCGAAGGGGUCAAGGGGUCAUUUUGUGGAGUGCCUAAAACAUUGGGUUUAGACCGUCAAAUGUUGUAGGGCGACUUCUGCCAGCGUUUGGUUCCGCUUUGGAGUGAAUCGGAUGACACCAGGUUUUCAGCAAAAUCUUGACCCCCCCCUGGGUUAGGGCGCUGUGAGGUUUUCACUGCCAAACAUUAAAGGGGGCCUUUUCCUGGUGUUUGGCACUGGUUUGGAGUGAAUCGGAUUGGACGGCAUCGGAAUUUUGCCGAAAUCCUGACCCUGAGAUUAAUAGACUUGUCACAUGCUGACAGCUUCUAGGAGCCACAGGUGAGAACUGAGUGCAGGGUGGGGACCAAGGGUGGACAAACUACCCCAGAAGGAGCACAACAUGCCCCCACCAGAGGCCUUAAAAGGUAAAGGAGCCCCCGACCAUCAGGUCCAGUCGUGUCCGACUUGGGGGUUGCGGCGCUCAUCUCACUCUAUAGGCCAAGGGAGCCGGUGUUUGUCCGCAGCUUCCGGGCCAUGUGGCCAGCAUGACAAAGCUGCUUCUGGCGAACCAGAGCAGCGCACGGAAACGCCAUUUACCUUCCCGCCGGAGCGGUCCCUAUUUAUCUACUUGCACUUUGAUGUGCUUUUGAACUGCUAGGUUGGCAGGAGCAGGGACCGAGCAAUGGGAGCUCACCCUGUUGCAGGGAUUCGAACCGCCAACCUUUUGAUCAGCAAGCCCUAGGCUCUGUGCUUUAACCCACAGCGCCACCUGAGGCCUUAUCCCUCUCCUA